AUGGCACCACAAUAUGUAGCUUCUGAGAGUUCCAUACAUAAGUUACUGAGAUUGGAAGUAGACAUGGUCAUACAGUUAUCCUGUGAAACCCUCAACUUGCUAUCUGGUCAGCUAGUGAUAGUUUUGGAUUUUUUCAACACCAAUUCCAAUGAAUACAGCGUGAUUUUCACACCUGGCUGCACAGCUGCACUCAAACUACUCAGCGAAACGUUUGAUUUUACAAAUGGCGUCUGCCAGGCUACCGUAUCAAGUCGAUGCCAGUCAAGCGCAGCAGGCAUCAAGAAGCCUAAUGCUGGCCAACCUGCGUCUGAGAGGAGAUUUCCUGAAAACAUGAAGAAUACCAAGCUUCACAUAGUAAGGGAGGAUGCAUCACCAUGGCAACACAGGGCUUCUGGUCUGACAGAAGUACCAAGUUUAUUGAGGCCUCAUGAAGAUAGAGGUCAAGAUGGAGAUACCAACAUUUUCUUGACAGACGACCUCCAAGAUUCUCAACAGGAUAUGACCAAUCAAAAAGCCUCUCUGGUCAAGAGCGGGAUUGUAAAGAAGCCGUCUGUUUGCGCUGGUUAUACUUGUUCUCAGCAUGUUCAAAGUGAUGGCUGUAAUACCUCUGGCGCCAGUGAUGAAUUACGCAGUGAUGACAAGACCAUAUCAAAGCCGAAAGAGGGCCCUACGCACAGGUGUGAGAUACCAAGCACCAUCUCCACUACAGAUCAGAGUUAUAACAGGAAACUUGAAUUAUCUGAUUUGAUUUACUCAGGCCCAGAAAGAAAUAUUGAUUGUAAAUUGGAGUCCUCAGAUUUGCUACCUAAUGUAAACUCUGAUCAGAGCCAUGCGGUAGAUCUUGAAUCAAAAGUCAGUAUUUUGAGGGAGGGUAGCUCAGAAUCCAGACAGACUUUUAAUGAAGAGCCGGAGGAAACUGUAGCUCUUGAACCAACCAUGAGCGAUAUCAAACUAGUUGAAAACCCCAUUAGAACUGAGGCAAUGCCAAUUUCCGGGGAAGAGUGCCAAAAGGUCACAAGCACUUGUUCAUUAGAAAGAAGCAGCAAGUCCAUUUUGCUGCAGACAUCCUCACAACAUGGGGUAGGCAUACCUGGAAAGUCAAGGAUUAUUAGCGAAGAUAAGGUAUCAAAUGAACAGGUGUCCCAAGGUGUUAUGAACUCAGACUCUCGGGGUACACCUGGGGAUCAGGUUAUGAAUCUAUCCCAGCAUGCAACAGCAGAUUUCGGGGUGACCCAGUGGGGCUGUUUCUGCUAUCUUGCCCAAAAUCACACCUCCGUCAUAGGAAUGCGGGAGAUUGUUGCAGAGCGAGGGGCACAUCUCUUGUGUGUCAGUGAGAAGGAACUUUUGAAGCCGGCUAGUAAAACAUUCCAAAAUGGCAACAUGUCUGCUCAUAAAACUGUCACCGUGACUACUCAAAGGAAUGCACCCAACUGUUUAUUUGCAUACCCUGCCCAGUGUAACUUUUCAGGGAGGAAGUAUCCGUUAGUGUGGUUGGAUAAAAUAAAGAAUGGUGAAUUAGAACUGACAGAACACCACCCUGGCAACUGGUUCACUGUUUUAGAUGCAGCCUCAUUUGUGAGCACUUCCAAGUUAGACCUCCAACUACACAGCCCUGAUUUUGUCACCUUGUCAUUUUACAAAAUAUUUGGCUUUCCUACUGGUAUAGGUGCUCUCCUGGUUAAGAACACAUCUGCCCACACCCUGGACAAGAGAUAUUUUGGUGGCGGUACAGUGGCUAUGAGUCUGCCUGGAGAGAGAACACAUGCCAGCAGCCCUGAUCUAGCUCAAAGAUUUGAAGAUGGCACUGUCCCAUUCCUGGAUAUUAUAGCCCUAAGACAUGGAUUUGAUGCCUUAGAUAAACUAACAGGUGGAAUGGACGUAGUGUCCAGUCACGUCUUCUCUCUGGCUAGGUACGUCCACCACCGUCUUGUCUCCUAUCGCCAUGGCAACGGGACCCCAGUUGCCAAGCUCUACUCAGACAUGGACUAUGAAGAUAUCGACGCACAGGGUGGGAUUGUUAAUUUCAAUCUCCUCCGAGCUAAUGGUGACUAUGUGGGAUUUGCCGAGGUUAAUAAAAUGGCUCAGCUGUAUAACAUAGAGAUCAGAACAGGCUGUUUCUGUAACAUUGGUGCUUGUCAGUACUACCUGAACCUGACAUCUGCUCAAAUAAAGGACAAUUACCAGUCUGGUCAUGUGUGUGGGGAUGACAAAGAUCUAAUCAAUGGAGUCCCUACAGGAAGUGUUCGGAUCUCUUUUGGGUACAUGUCAACAUUUCGUGAUGCAAGAAAAUUCCUGGACUUCAUCGAAAAUUGCUUUGUUGAGGCUGAACCACAAAUGGUGCCAAUAAAUUGUGGAAGUGGCCAUCAAGGGAUGUUACGAAAUAAUAGCAAUCCCAGCCAAAACGGGGAUCUCCCACCAGCAGAAUUCACCCCUUCACUUAACAAUCAAAAUGAAUCUUCAGUAAUUGGUGCUACAUCUGAUUGUGAUAGGCUCUAUGCGGGUAAACAAAAAGUAUUGGGACAAAAUAACGAUCAGUCAUUUCUCUGUGAUAAACCAAUUGAUAAAACAAAAUCUCUAGUCUUUUCUGAGGAAAUACCCAAAAGUCAGCCUUUACAGCAAGCAGGGUCAAAUUCUACUGCACUGGAAUAUACAAAUGCAUCUUUUAGGUCAAGUUCCCCUUUACAGGACUUUAUUGUAAAUGACAAAGUGCAAUCUAACACUAGCCUGUCCACUGGGGAAAAUGAGAAGGACUUAUUGGCAACCAAGAGUGGUGUUGAAGACAGACAGCUUGAGGUACCUGUGUUGGGUUGCAUGGAAAUGACUCUGCAAUUAUCCACCGAUACGGAGCAGACAGAAAGGACAAAAAAUGAGUCCUCUUCCCCUGACCCAGUAUUACUGGCUAUUUCUGAAAGGAACAGUUCCAGGGUAGAGGCAGUUCCAGAUUUCUCAGAUGGAGAAGAUGGACCCAACAAGAUUCUGAAACGUAUCUUCUUGUAUCCUGUGAAAUCCUGUGCAGCAUAUGAGUGUCGCUAUAUCCUAAAAGUGUCCAUAAAGGUGGCACNGGGAUUUUGCAUGCAUUUUGAUGAUCUGCUGAUGCCAUGUUGA